AUGUGCUGGAGGACGCUGCUGCUGCUGCUGCUGUGUUACGAUGCUCAGGCCACCGUGUCCCACAGGUGGAGCAGGGCCGUGCUGUUCCCUGCCGCCCAUCGGCCGAAGCGAUCGUCCUCAAUGCCCUUGAACCCCGUCCUGCAGAGCUCCCUGGAGGAAGUAGAACUGCUCUACGAGUUCCUGCUGGCCGAGCUGGAGAUCAGCCCUGACCUGCAGAUCUCCAUCAAGGACGAGGAGCUCGCCUCUCUCAGGAAGGCCUCCGCCUUCCGCGCCGUCUGCAACGACGUGAUCCCCAAGCGCAUCCCGGACAUCCGCCGGCUCAGCGCCAGCCUCGCCGGCCUCCCCGGCCUCCUUAAGAAAGAGGACUUUGAAAGGACAGCGCUGACCCUGGCCUACGCGGCCUACCGCACAGCCCUGUCCCGAGGGCAUCAGAAGGACGUCUGGGCCCAGUCCCUCCUCAGCCUUUUCCAGGCCCUGAGGCAGGACCUGCUGCGGUCCUCAGGCUCCAGAGUGUCUGCCUGA